GGAGAGAAGCGGAGCCCGGCUGGCGCCGCGGAGCCUCGUCAGUGCAAGCGCCUGCUGGCGAAGCCGUCCCGGCCAGCCCGCCCGCCCGCCCCGCCCUGCAGCUCGCCUCCCGUCCGUCCCUGUCGCCGGCCUCGGAGGCGGCCCCGGCGGCGGCGGGACGCGGCGGCGCGGGGCUCCCCCUGGCCCGCCCUCCCUCAGGAGGCUCCCGAUGGCGUCUUCGGUGGGCAACGUGGCCGACAGCACAGGGUUAGCUGAGUUGGCUCAUCGUGAAUAUCAGGCAGGAGAUUUUGAGGCAGCUGAGAGACACUGCAUGCAGCUAUGGAGACAAGAGCCAGAUAAUACUGGUGUGCUUUUAUUACUCUCAUCUAUACACUUCCAGUGUCGCAGACUGGACAGGUCUGCUCAUUUUAGCACUUUGGCCAUUAAGCAGAACCCCCUUCUGGCAGAAGCCUAUUCCAACUUGGGGAACGUGUACAAGGAGCGUGGACAGUUGCAGGAAGCUAUCGAGCAUUACCGACAUGCACUGCGCCUCAAACCUGAUUUCAUCGAUGGCUAUAUUAACCUGGCAGCCGCUUUGGUUGCAGCAGGAGACAUGGAAGGGGCAGUGCAAGCUUAUGUGUCUGCCCUUCAGUACAAUCCUGAUUUGUACUGUGUUCGCAGUGACCUGGGGAACCUGCUCAAAGCCCUGGGUCGCUUGGAAGAAGCCAAGGCAUGUUACUUGAAAGCAAUUGAGACGCAACCAAACUUUGCAGUAGCUUGGAGUAAUCUUGGCUGUGUUUUUAAUGCCCAAGGGGAGAUUUGGCUCGCAAUUCAUCAUUUUGAAAAGGCGGUGACACUUGACCCCAAUUUUCUUGAUGCAUACAUCAAUUUGGGAAAUGUCCUAAAGGAGGCACGUAUAUUUGACAGAGCUGUAGCAGCCUACCUUCGAGCCCUGAGCCUGAGCCCUAAUCAUGCUGUGGUGCAUGGCAACUUGGCGUGUGUAUACUAUGAACAAGGCCUCAUAGACCUUGCAAUAGACACCUACAGGCGUGCUAUUGAGCUACAACCACAUUUUCCAGAUGCUUACUGCAACCUAGCCAACGCUUUGAAAGAGAAGGGCAGUGUUGCUGAGGCAGAGGAUUGUUAUAAUACAGCUCUCCGUCUUUGUCCCACCCAUGCAGACUCUCUAAAUAACUUGGCCAACAUUAAACGAGAACAGGGGAAUAUAGAAGAAGCAGUUCGCCUGUAUCGUAAAGCACUUGAAGUGUUCCCAGAGUUUGCUGCUGCCCAUUCAAAUUUAGCAAGUGUGUUACAACAGCAGGGGAAACUGCAGGAAGCCCUGAUGCAUUAUAAGGAGGCAAUUAGGAUCAGUCCUACCUUUGCCGAUGCUUAUUCCAACAUGGGAAACACUUUGAAGGAGAUGCAGGAUGUUCAGGGGGCCUUGCAGUGUUACACCCGGGCCAUCCAGAUUAACCCAGCCUUUGCUGAUGCACACAGCAAUCUGGCCUCUAUUCACAAGGAUUCAGGUAACAUUCCAGAAGCAAUUGCUUCUUACCGAACUGCUCUGAAACUAAAACCUGACUUUCCUGAUGCUUACUGUAACUUGGCCCAUUGCCUGCAGAUUGUCUGUGACUGGACUGACUACGAUGAACGGAUGAAGAAAUUAGUUAGUAUUGUAGCUGACCAGCUGGAGAAGAAUAGGCUACCUUCUGUGCAUCCUCAUCACAGCAUGCUAUAUCCUCUUUCUCAUGGCUUUAGGAAGGCUAUUGCUGAGAGGCAUGGGAACCUCUGCUUGGACAAGAUUAAUGUCCUCCACAAGCCACCAUAUGAGCAUCCAAAAGACUUGAAAGUCAGUGAAGGACGACUUCGUGUAGGGUAUGUGAGUUCGGACUUUGGAAACCAUCCAACUUCCCAUCUCAUGCAGUCUAUUCCAGGGAUGCAUAACUCGGAUAAAUUUGAGGUGUUCUGUUAUGCCCUUAGUCCAGAUGAUGGCACAAACUUUCGUGUGAAGGUGAUGGCAGAAGCAAAUCAUUUCAUUGAUCUUUCUCAGAUUCCAUGUAAUGGGAAAGCAGCAGAUAGGAUUCAUCAAGAUGGGAUCCACAUCCUUGUGAAUAUGAAUGGCUAUACCAAGGGUGCACGCAACGAGCUCUUUGCUCUGAGGCCAGCUCCUAUUCAGGCAAUGUGGCUGGGAUACCCUGGGACUAGUGGUGCACUUUUUAUGGAUUAUAUUAUCACAGAUCAGGAAACUUCUCCAGCUGAGGUUGCUGAGCAGUACUCAGAGAAAUUGGCUUAUAUGCCCAACACUUUCUUUAUUGGUGAUCAUGCCAACAUGUUUCCUCACCUGAAGAAAAAAGCAGUGAUUGAUUUCAAAUCCAAUGGACACAUUUAUGACAACCGGAUCGUUCUGAAUGGCAUUGACCUCAAGGCAUUUCUUGAUAGUCUACCAGAUGUCAAAAUUGUUAAGAUGAAGUGCCCUGAUGGAGGAGACAAUGCAGACAGCAACUCAGCUCUCAGUAUGCCAGUUAUUCCCAUGAAUACUAUUGCAGAAGCUGUGAUUGAAAUGAUUAACAGAGGACAAAUUCAAAUAACAAUCAAUGGAUUCAAUAUUAGCAAUGGACUGGCGACUACUCAGAUCAACAACAAGGCUGCCACAGGAGAGGAGGUUCCCCGGACCAUUAUUGUUACCACUCGAUCUCAGUAUGGGUUACCCGAGGAUGCCAUUGUGUACUGUAACUUUAACCAGCUGUAUAAAAUUGACCCCUCCACAUUGCAGAUGUGGGCAAAUAUUCUCAAGCGGGUUCCCAAUAGUGUGCUGUGGCUGUUGCGUUUCCCAGCUGUAGGAGAACCCAACAUUCAGCAGUAUGCACAGAACAUGGGCCUCCCCCAGAAUCGGAUCAUCUUUUCUCCAGUUGCUCCCAAAGAGGAGCAUGUGAGGCGAGGUCAGCUAGCUGAUGUUUGCCUAGACACCCCACUCUGUAAUGGGCACACCACUGGCAUGGACGUGCUGUGGGCAGGGACCCCCAUGGUGACUAUGCCAGGAGAGACUCUUGCUUCUCGAGUUGCUGCCUCCCAGCUCACUUGCCUUGGUUGUCUUGAGCUUAUUGCAAAAAACAGGCAAGAGUAUGAAGAUAUUGCUGUGAAACUGGGGACUGAUCUAGAAUACCUGAAGAAAAUCCGUGGCAAAGUCUGGAAGCAGAGAAUAUCCAGCCCUCUUUUCAACACCAAACAGUACACAAUGGAACUAGAACGUCUUUACCUUCAAAUGUGGGAUCACUAUGCAGCUGGAAACAAACCGGACCACAUGAUUAAGCCGGUUGAGGCCACAGAUUCGGCAUAAAAGAUUCUGUACACAUAGGAGAAUUAUCCCGAGACAUGAGCCUCUGAAGCCUCUGUUUGCAAAGGGAAAGGGAACUAGAGACCCCUACAUUUCUACAUAUCUGCUCUAUACCAUUUGACAUACACAAUGGUAAUAAAAUAGCACAGCAAGACCUACUUCCUGCACAGUAGGGAGAGACAGUAGAGAUGGGGAACUGCUGUUCCACAAGGAAUCUGCAUAGAGUUCAGCAGUGCACACAGGUGUUGUGUAGGUAUGGAAGACGUGAUUGAAUGGGAUGCUUGGUAGGGGAGAGAGAGAUUGCCCAGCCACUUGCAAUUCUAUGGAUUGAUUGAAUCUUCUAUGAAUUAGUUUUUCCUUAUUAUAUUGGGGAUUGGAGCUUUUAAAAAUGUUGAAUUUCAGGUAUUCCCAUUGGCGUGUGUGGUUCUCUUCCCAGGAUUUGGUUUCCAGCUAAAAUGUUGUUCCUUACUCUUCCAUCAGUGACAUUUCAGCUUUUGAGCCACAGAUUUGCUGGUGUAGGCUUUUUAUAGGUUUUAUAAACCACUUGAGUCUAUGUCAGCCUUGUAGUGUCUGACCUGUUGAUUUGUGCUGUUGGUUUUAAUGAUGACUUUUUGUUCUGUAUUUUUGUUUUGUCCCCCCAGUCUUCCUCCACUUCUUGGUUUUUAUUUCAAAAAACAAAAAACAAAAACCCCCACCCCUCCUCAAACUCGCCUAAUUGGCAGGAAAACCAGCCUUAGGAUUUCACACAUGUUCCCAAAGUGUUUAUUUGAAACACACUGGUGCCAAAUGCCAAUUUUUCAGAAGUGAUUAUUAAUUAUGUAAAAGCACAGUCAUGGCACUGUUGCAGAGAAUAAAUAAUUUUUGUUUUCCAAGUUUUACACCCCCCCCCCCCUCAGCGUUUACUGUUGUCAGAAAGUGAUAGUGUGCUCAACCUUUUGGCUCCAUUUUGAUGCUUUGGAUUUCUCUUGAAAUUUUCCUUGUUCUUCCUAUUUCUUUUAGCAGAAAUGAAAGCCCAGGUAAGUAUUCAGUCAUUUCAUUCAGUAAGUCAUGAUUGCCUCCAGUACAUUAAGUCGAUUUCAUUCAGAAAUGGUGUCAUUUGAGAAGCUCUGCAGGCCUACUGCAGAAUGCGUCCAAACGGCAUUGCAUCCAAAUGAUCUUUCCAUCUGGACCUUCAAGUAUGCGAUGUACAGACUUUGCCUCAAUAGUGGCUUGACUGCAUUGCUACUUGAUUUAUCAGACCUCAGCCCUGCUGGUGCUGGAGCGUCUUCUGUGAAACCACAGGAAUAGAAGUAGUCCAGAAUUUCAGCAAAGGGCUUUAAGUUGAAAAGAAGCCAACAUAUGAGUGUGUCUCUGUUCUUAGUGCUGCUUGGUAAGAAGUAUUUGUCUGCUAGCAGUGCUGCUUGUAGGUGACCAUUUGUGGCCAAGGCCUUGGGUUUGCUUCACCUACUUAGCAGCAGCUGAUGCUUUGACUGGUUCCUAGCUGACAAAUUCUUGCUAAGUCACUGUCAGCUGCUUUCGGCUUCUGACAGACUUUUACCAUUGAUCAAAAUCUGAGCAGGUACCCUCAGAUUGAAUUCUGGAAGCAGAAUUCCUUAAGUAUGAACUGCUUCUUUCAGCAGUUGGAGAACUCCUUAAUUUAUUUUUCACCUUUUCAACCAGUAAAGGAUGUCAGAGCAUUUCCAUGAAUGAUGUUUUCAGUUCACAGAUUGCCGAAAAUGGAUUAGAAUCAAAACUGUACCUUUCUGAUGCCCUGGAGGCUGUGAGCUCCAGCCAUUUCACAUAGCACAUCACUCCUGCAUUGGAGGAAUUUUUUUUCCUGGUGUGGAAAGUAUCUGCUGUGGUUGAAGCUUUGCUUAAUGUAACAAACAGGUUUUUGUUUCCAGGUAACGUGUCUGACGAAGACUUAAUUCUGAAUAGAAACAUAGGUAUUACUGGAAACUAAUUGUCUUUUCUAUUGUAUUCUGCUUUAUCAAAAACAGUAAAAUAUUUAAAUUGUGCUACAGAAAUACAAAUAUUGUCUUGCAGUCUUUAAACAAUAAACAGAAACAUUUUCCU